AAGCCCAUGGGAUUAGUUGAAGGUCCAGGAGGCCUGGGCCAGGGGGGAAUGGCUGCUACCCUGAGAGAUGACAGCCAUGAAUCAGAGACUAAGUAUGAAGAAUAUGGUUACAAUGCCCAGCUCAGUGACAGGAUAUCAUUGGACAGGUCCAUCCCUGACUACAGACCAAAAAAGUGCAAACAGAUGACCUACCCAGAUGACCUGCCCCAGAUCUCUGUGGUCUUUAUAUUUGUAAACGAGGCGCUCUCUGUCAUCCUGCGCUCUGUGCACAGCGUUGUGAAUCACACCCCAUCGCACUUGCUCAAGGAGAUCAUUCUGGUGGACGACAACAGUGACAAUGUUGAGCUAAAAUUUAAUCUGGACCAGUAUGUCAAUAAACGAUACCCAGGUCUGGUGAAAAUAGUGCGCAAUAACAAACGAGAAGGACUGAUUCGAGCCAGAAUCCAAGGCUGGAAGGCAGCAACCUCUCCUGUGGUCGGAUUCUUUGACGCUCACGUUGAAUUCAACAUUGGCUGGGUGGAACCUGCGCUUACCCGGAUCAAAGAAGAUCGAAAGCGGAUCAUCUUACCAGCAAUUGACAAUAUCAAGUACAACACUUUUGAAGUGCAGCAAUACGCCAAUGCAGCGCACGGCUAUAACUGGGGCCUCUGGUGCAUGUACAUAAUCCCACCGCAGGACUGGCUCGAUAAAGGGGAUGAGUCAGCUCCCAUCAGGACACCAGCCAUGAUUGGAUGCUCAUUUGUAGUGGACCGAGAGUAUUUUGGUGAGAUUGGCUUGCUUGACCCUGGUAUGGAGGUCUAUGGAGGAGAAAACAUUGAAUUAGGCAUGAGG